AUGGGUAACACAACCUUACGCAGUACGUUCCUGAGAACUAUGAGCGAAUUAGAAAGUAGUGGCGACGAUGAUUUCAGUGAAUACGCUCUGCUGCACGAGCGGGUGCUCAACGAUAUACAGCUACCCUCAGAUGAGGAUGACACGACCGAAAAUGAAUUUGCCUCGAUUUUACGCCAUUUAAUAAAUAGUGGCGAAAUUAUGGUGCUCAACCAUGAGAACUCUAUACACCAUCCGCUGCCGGUCAUCAAGAAAAAGCCAAACCUGGACAAACUAAAGAAGAAUGACGUCUACCAUUACACUAAAAGUGCCUCCGGGCUAACAUCGAUGGAUUCCUCAAAAAAGGAUGGAUCGUUUUCGUUGGUGCGCAUGAUUGGCGAUCGGCAGCGUGGUUUAGGCAAGCGCAAGGGCUCCUUCAUGCGGAGCGAUCUCUGCCGUAUCAACAAUCUUUACCGGCCGAAUGUUUGCACCGAAACGGUUGACAUGUGCGACACGAAGGUGUUCUGCGGGCGGUACACUAGCAACGGCGAUCGGUUUGUGACUGCCAGCCAGGACACGCUGGUGCGGGUGUACGAUUCAUCACGCAACAAGUAUCGUCUCUUGCGCACGCUCGAUACGAAACACGUUUCCUGGUCGAUCCUGGACAUCGACUUUAGCCCGGACGGGAACUCAUUCGUUUACAGUACCUGGGCCGAUGCACUGUUCAUCUCCAGUCUGGAUCGCGACGUGUCGGAUCCCAUUCAUAGCCUUUUCCUGCAACCGAACAACCAGAAGUUGGGCGUAUUCACCGUACGGUAUUCGAGCUGCGGCAAUCACGUCCUGUGCGGAGCAAACGAUGGCAGCUUGUACGUGUACGAUCUGACGGCAAACCGUCGUACGCUGGUAGCACCAGUUGCGCGGGUCGACAUGGACGUGAACUCCGUCGGCUUUGUCGACGAAACGUCGAACAUAUUCUUCAGUGGUAGUGACGACGGCAUGAUUAAGCUUUGGGAUCGUCGGUGUCUGAACGAGUCGAACACAGAAGCAGUUGGCAAGCUGAUCGGACAUUACGACGGCAUAACAUACAUCGAUUCGCGCAAUGACGGUCGGUACAUCAUUUCGAACUCAAAGGACCAGAGCAUCAAGAUGUGGGAUUUGCGCAAGAUGUCUCCCUCGAACGCGCGGCCUGAACCAUUACAGCACAACUGGGACUACCGUUGGGACGAUGUACCAAAGCGCUUCUUUAACGCAACGAAACAAAUGAUCGCUGACACUAGUAUCAUGACGUACCGAGGCCACAAGGUGCAGAAGAGUUUGAUCCGGGCGAGAUUUUCGCCCGCAGAAACGACCGGCCAGCGCUACAUCUACACAGGCUGUGGCACAGGACGCUUGAUAGUCUACGACGUGCUGACCGGUGCAAUUGUAGAAGCGAUCGCCAGCCAUUACGAUAUUGUGCGAGACGUCGCCUGGCAUCCUUCUCGGACGGAAAUUGUCACCUGUUCGUGGGAUUGCACCGUACAUCGGCAUUUGUAUUGUAGCCCGGCCGAGAAGCAGGAGCAUAAAGAAGCGAUGCAGGGCCUGAAAAGUCGAUUGAAAACGAGAUUCUCCGACGACGAUGAUACGGAUGAUGAUGAAGGCAGGCAAGAAUCGCGACCGUUGCGACGUUCUAGGAGGUUGGCUGAACGAAAUAAUUCUGGUGGUGCCGGUGGCAGCAGUACCAGUAGUGCCAGCGGCAGCAAUAGCACGAAUAACUCCACCAUCAACACCCGGGCCACAUCGCGGGCGAGCAGAAGCAGCCGCAAUUCCACCCGGUCCCGCAGCUUGUCAAUGACUAUGCGUUCCUCCACGAGAAGACACUCAUGAGGAGAAAAACGUAUCAUUGCUUGUUAGCAAGCUCGUAUGGUGCGAGAACUACGCCGAGGAGGUAGUGUUGCUUUAAUUGCUUCCAAAUUCCUCCUUCCGUAGAAGGGAUUGUAAAGAGCAGAGUUUAUCACAUGGGCAAAGGGUUCUCGGUUCGAGCACGUCCGAGUGCUCCUCGGUAAAGUGUUGAGCAUAAUGAUAAGAAGCGUUUGAAAAGGGAUAGUUGACAAGUGUAACAAUAUCCCCUGCAAACAGAUUUUGCCUUUCGGCUACAUGAAUCAAUACAAAUAUGUGCAAGAUUGGCAAGGUCUCAACUAAUGGCAGGCUAAAAUAGCACACCAGUGUUGAGCGAAUAAAGAAGUAACAAAAUAU